GAAAAAACAAAUCUAAAGAAAAUAAUCAAAUUUACAGACCAAGACUCGAAAUCAAAAAGGGAUAAAUUGAAAUCAAAUAAUAAGCAAACUAAUCGGGCAAAAGAAAAGUUAAACGAAACAAAUAUGGAUGUAUGCAUUUGUCACCAAGAAUACAAUCAUUGCGUGCAGAACAAUAUUAACGGAGAAAUUCCUGACAUUUUACCGAGUGAAGAUCUUGAAGGCAUCAACUUUACUGAAAGUUUCGCUACUCCAUCGAAUUAUAGCCGAGAUAGUGAUUUUUUAUUUAAUCCAAUAACAGAAACAACAACCACGACAACUACACGAGCACCAGACGUUGUUGAAGCGAUGGGAUAUGAAGAACUGGAAGACGAGAUAGCAAUAAGAAACAAGGCACAAGAGAAUCUACGUUUUGCCAUGGGAGAGAAACCAAUAAAUGAGCGAAAAACUAUGUCACAAUCAAAGGAUGAGCUAAUAUUAAAAUGUUCAUUUAACCAAAGAGACUGUGAUAUUGAAAAGGAUUUUAAACAAAUUUUUGAUCCGACUUAUGGAAAUUGUUAUACAUUUAAUUGGAAUCGUAAUGCAACAGUUACAGCAUAUAGAGCAGGAGCCAAUUAUGGAUUAAAGGUUAUGCUGUAUGCGAAUGUAUCCGAGUAUUUAUCCAUAACAGAAGCGGUUGGAUUCCGAAUUACUGUGCACGACAAAUGGACGGUUCCAUUCGCGGAUGCUUUUGGAUACAAUGCUCCCACUGGUUUUAUGUCUGCAUUCGGUGUUAGAAUGGUUGGUCAUUUACAAUUUUCAAUUAAAAUUUUUGAAAAAAAAUUUCAGAAAAAAUUUUUUCGACUUGAACCGCCUUAUGGACAUUGCAGCGAACGAGGAGAUAAUUCAAAAACAUAUAUUUACAAGGAUUACAGCUAUAGCAUUGAAGGAUGUCAUAGAAGUUGUACCCAACAAGAAAUAAUCAGAAUUUGUGGGUGUGCUGACCCUCUCUACCCAGUUCCUAACUCAGCUCAUGCUUGUCCUGUAAGUGAUCCUGAUGCAAGAAGGUGUAUAGAUAAUGCAACAAGAGAAAUCAGUGAUCUAAUCUCACAAGAUAAAUUAUUCAACUGCACAUGCCCACAGCCUUGCAGGGAAACAGGUUACGAAGUAACUUAUUCGGCCGCAAGAUGGCCUUCAGGAACAACAAACGUAAUGGAAUGUAAAAGUAGCGACGAUCUGUGCAUGGAGAAGUAUAGAACAAACGCAGCAAUGAUUCAAGUAUUUUACGAAGAGCUCAACUAUGAGACAUUAUCUGAAAGCCCGGCUUAUGGAUUGACUAGUUUAAUCGCCGAUUUGGGUGGUUUGACUGGUCUAUGGAUUGGAAUAUCAAUUGUCAGCAUUCUGGAAGUAGUCCAAUUAAUCUGGUUCUGUCUAGAUUUCUACCACACCAAAAAAGUACAACAAGUAAAACGUUCGAGUACGCCUCUUUCAUCAGUUGGCACAGGUUCGAUCUCAAAACUUAAAACAAGCAAAACGCCAAGUAACAAUCCAUCACUUGGCGGACGUUCUUCGAAGUCAUCAAAAUCAUUGCCAAAAGAUAUAGCAGUCAUAAAAGUAAUCACACUAUUUACUGAUGAAUAUUACUAUUUUUUUCCAGGAAGAGCGGGAAAGCCGGCAAAGUAA